AUGGAAUUCGAGGAUGGUCGCCGAGUUAACGGUGUGGCGGCCCUCCGCUACGCCCAACCGGUGGGCGUUCAUCGCUCGACGGCGACCGUAAUUCGGCCUGUUCCCGUCACAUUACAGACUGGCCUAAGGCACCCUAGGGCGCAGAAUGAGUAUGUGGACAGCCCGCCUACAGAAGGGCAAAGGAGUACGACACGAUCGUCGAGAUCAUCGGCAAAAUUAGGGACAGUUGCUGAGCAGCGCCCCUGUGUUACCCAAAAUGAGGAGCCUCAGCGCAUUCAGGUGUUUACAUCUCAGCCAAAGCCAUCAAUUAAGCCGCCAGCGGGUACGACGCAGGAGGCGGAAACGCACGAAGAAGACGAUUCUAUUAUCUGUAAGCACUGUGGAAAGUGCCGAUGCCAGAAAUGCGAGGAGAGGCGAGAACUCCCCUCAUUUUGGCUGUGCAACAAGAAGUGUCACCUAAGUGCGGACUCGGCCUUGGAGGCCUGUACUUGCCUCUGUGUGGUGCAAGGCUGCUUUUACCAUGUCGCCAAGGAUCAUCAAAUGGACUCGGAUGUGAUGUGCACGGAUGAUCCGUGCGCCUGCUGCAGUCGUCCGCACUGCUGCAAGAGAUGGAUGUGUAUGGCAACCAUGUCGCUAUGCAUCCCGUGUCUGUGUUGUUACUGGCCUGCGAAAUGCGGCAUUAAGGCCUGUACGGCCUGUUACAAUCGCUGUACAAACAAGGGGUGUCAGUGUUCCCGCAGUGAUAAAAAGGGAUCGCAAAACAAGCGAUUAUUAGAGUCAGAUUCAAGUAGUGCCUAA